AUCUAAAAAGCAGACGAAAGAAGACAACAGAUUAGCCAAAGUAAGAGGAGAAGCAUACACCCGAAAGGAUGGUACUUCUGUACCUGCCAGAAGUUUAAAAAAGGCUUGCAACUGUUUCCAUUUAAAAUGCUUCAAAAAAUACCCUGAGCAUAUACGUCAAAGGCUUCUCAAUUUAUUUUUAAAAUUGAAGGAAUCCGGACAGCAGCAAUUCAUUAGUAACCACAUGGCGGUGAAAACAACAGCAAAACCAACGGUGCUUAAUUCUAGAAGAUCCUUUACUCGAACUUAUUAUUUACCCGGACGUGAUGGUAGGAUACGAGUCUGUAAGGAAAUGUUUAUGGCAACCUUGGACAUCACCGAUAAGAAAACAAGGACCAUUGCUACUAAACUAAUUACUGGCCUCGGUUUAGCUGUUGAUGAUCUUAGAAGUGAAUUUACUUCACGUCUAAUCAUUUCAGAAGAUCACCUCAAUUACAUCAAAGCGCAUAUCAAUUCAUUUCCGGCAUAUUCAUCACAUUAUUGUAGAGAGAAAAGCCAGAAAAAGUAUUUGAGCAGCGAUCUCAAUAUCGCGAAAAUGUUCCGUCUGUACAAAUCAAAGUGCGUUACGGAUGGUCUCAGGCCAACUCACUACAAUACGUACAGAAAAAUAUUCAGGACGAUGCGCCUCAGUUUUCGCAAAACCAAACUGGAUACCUGUAACGAAUGUGAUAAAUAUGCUAUGCGUCUUAAAUUAUCAGAAACAGAAGAAGAAAAAGAAAAGGUUAUUGAAGCCAGAGAUCGUCAUCAUACUCGAGCAGCAGCUGCAUAUUCUGCGAAAAAAAUAGACAUGCGAAAAUCAAAAAUUGAUCCGGAAACAAGGACAGCUUGUUUCGACUUGCAAAAAUGUUUACCAACACCACAUUUGACUUGUGGGAUGGCCUAUUAUGCCAGGCAACUAUAUACACUUAAUUUUACUAUUUUUGCGACUACCUCCAAAGGCAACACGGUUGAUUGUUACCUGUGGGACGAAACAAAGGCAAGAAGAGGGUGUCAGGAAAUAGGGUCUUGUCUUUGGAAGGAUUUACUAGGCCUUGAUGUAAAUAUCAAGUACGCCGUAUACUAUUCUGAUAGAUGUUUUGGCCAGAAUUUGAAUUUUAUUAUUUGUUGCAUGUUCACCAAUUUUAUUUUCAAAUGUUGCUCAGAAAAAAGAAACUUAGAAGUCAGUCAUAAAUUUUUGACUUCUGGACACAGUCAUAUGGAAGUGGAUAGCGCCCAUGCCGCCAUAGAAAGGGCUAAAAAAAACCAUAAAGGCUCUAUUGAAACUCCUCGAGACUGGGCUGUAUUCAUAGCCUCAAUUCAUAAAAACGUCCCAUUUCAUGUAUACGAAAUGAGUCAGGAGGAAUUUUUAAAUUUUAAAAAACUUUUGAACAUUUUUACCAGACCAAAAACUGAUCAUAACGGUAAUCUGGUUCGAUUGCGUGAUAUUUGUCACUUCCGAUAUACAACAUCAGCUCCAGGAAUUGUUUUUUACAAAUAUAAUUUAGAGGACGAAUUCCAAUCGUUUUCGGUAGUUGACUCCAGCUUCAAAUUUUUAAAGUUAGACCCUAUAACUACUGAGCCGCUCAGUCUUGCACCAGAAAAAUUAGAAGAUUUGAAGAAACUUCUUCUAUACGUUUCAAAUAAGGCAUACUACCAAACAAUGCUACGACAAAUGGUACCAAAAAAGCGUGGACGAAAGCCAAAAGGAUGCACAGCAGAUGAUUUCGAAGCUGAUCUAGAUCGUGAUAUUGAUUUAGAAUAG